CAUACACACAGACACACACACACACACACACACACACACACACACACACACACACACACACACACACACACACACACACACACACACACACAGACAGGCGGUGUAACGGGAGGAUGCGCGCGGCGGGCAGCUUGCGGUGAUCGACGGGGUCUUCGGGAGCAUCGCGCGGACAUCAUGAGCUGUAACUGGGGCACCGAGCUGUGGGAUCAGUUCGAUAACUUAGAGAAGCACACCAGCUGGGGGAUCGACUUCUUGGAGAAAUACAGCAAGUUCCUGAGAGAGAGGGCCGACAUCGAGCUGAGCUACGCCAAGCAGAUCAGGAGCCUGUCUAAGAAGUACCACCCGAAGAGGAGCAGAGAGGAUGAGAGCAGAUACAGCUGGUGUCUGGCAUUUGCAGCGACUCUCCGGCAGCUGAAUGAUCUCUCGGUUCAGAGAGAAGAGUUCGCUGAAAACCUGAACACACAGAUCGUCUCUGAACUGACACGAUACACACAGGAAGUGAAGACUGAGAGGAAGAAUAAUUUCCAAGAUGGACGGCGUGCACAGCAGCACAUCGAGAGCUCCUGGAAACAACUGGAGUCUAGUAAGCGCCGGUUUGAGCGAGACUGCAAGGAGGCGGAGCGAGCCCAACAGGUGUCCGACAGAAUCGACAUCGACAACAAGACCGAGGGAGAGAAGCGCUGCUCACUAAAGGCUCGUCAGACGGCUCAACAGAAAAAACAAGCUGCCGAGGAGUCCAGGAAAGAUUAUGUGACCAGUCUCAAGCAGUUCAACCAGGACCAGCACCAGCACUACCACACACUGGUACCAGUUAUAUACCAGCGUGUCCAGGACAUGGAGGAGCGGCGCAUCGAGAGGAUCUGUGAGGCGAUGCGCUCGUCAGCCGAAGCGGAGAGGAAGGGCCUCCCUGCCGCAGGCCGCUGUCUGGAGGUCAUGAUGGAGGCAGCGGAGGGCAUCCAGCCCCGCAUGGACACCCGGCAGGUGGUGGAGGUGUAUAAGUCGGGCUUCGACCCCCCAGGUGAUGUGGAGUUUGAGGACUACAGUGCCUCCAUGAGGAGGAGCAUCUCUGAGUCCAGUUACCUGGACAACAGGACGGAGGGGCGGAGACAAAGCAGGAAGCUGUGGCCCUUCAUACGGAAAAACAAGCUGCUCACCCUCCUGUCCUCCCCCCGCCAGCCUCCCCCUCCUCCCCCAACCUCACCUUCACCUGGGGGUGUGGCCAGCAGUCCCCAGUCUCCGCCCACUGCCUCCAGAGAACCAAUCACACAGCGGCUCAAUGACCUAAUGACCUCCGGCUCCAGAACCAGGAAGCAGUGUCUGCGUAGCCUCAAGAGAGGGCUGUCACUCAAACUGGGCUCUGGUCCUGCAGACUGCAGUCAUCUUCCUCCUGAACAAAGAAGAAAGAAGCUUCAGAGCAGGAUGAACAACAUCAACCAGGAGAUCCAGAGAGAGAGGGAGCAGAGGAUCCUGGUCCCUUUAGUGAGGCCGUACCUGAGUGCGAGUUUGGCAGUCUUACCAUAA